GCCGGCCCUGUAAAAAUGUCUGGUGUCGCCACUGGCAUCCAUCUAUCCAUGAUGUGAGGUUGACAGCCUGAGUAUUUUAUGACCAGUCUGCUUGCCAUACCCGGGGAUGCUGCGACCGACUCUCCUGUGCGCGCGAGCUGUAGCAGCGGCUCCUCCUCCUCUUCCUCCAAAAAUGUCGCAGGAGCUUCUCCUCUCGCCGCGGCGCUUCUUUUCUUUCCCUCUUUUCUUUUUCUCCCAGCGCCCCUAAAAACCCCGCCGAAUUUGUAGCUGCCACCGCCGGAAGCAGCGAGCUUCACCCGGACGCACGAACCGGCCUUUCUCCCCUCCCCACCACUAAGGUGUUUAAACACUCAGCCCGGCUCCCCCCCCCCACCCCCCACUCUCUCUCUCUCUCUCUCUCUUUUCAUCUCUCUCUGUCAUUCUCGGUGUCUCUCUCUCCUGAAACCGCCGCAGAACUCCGCCGACCGUCCACCAGGUGACUGCGCGGAGCGGAAUAUUCAUCAGCACCGCCACCGUCGUCGUCUUUCAUCCCUCCGCUCCUUCGGACUCCACGGGGACCGGAGCUGCCGCAUCCCUGCAUCCUUCCUCCCCUCGCCCCGCACCCUCUCUCUCUCUCUCUCUCUCUCUCUACCCCCCUCACCCCCCCUGCGCUGUGUCCUCUCAUCCGGUUCGGGACAUUCUCCGCUCCACGCACACGCACACGCAGAUUAACGGGGAUUCUGCUUCCCCGCCCGAACACUGAUGCUGAUGUCCUUGAGCUCGGCCUGCACGGUCCUGGUGGUGUAGCACUAGCUACCUCUAAACUGGAUCUGCUUCCUGCCUGUGAUUUAUCAGCCACUCUUUCCAUCUGUCCAUCAUCGCUUCAUUCCUGUCUGCGAGUCCACCAGCAUGUCUGUCCGUUUGUCCACGGACCAGCCGUGACCCUGGAGGGAGGGGGACAGAGACGAGGAAAGAGUGGAGUCGCCGGGGAGACAGAGGAGAAGAAAGCUGGAUUCAUUCAGACGUCACGUCUCUGAAGUGCUCCUGCUCGCUGUCCUUCAUCCUCCUCACCCUCCUCCCCCGCCUCCCUCUGUUAUGGAGAUUUAAAGGAGCAGUGGGAGGUUAGGUCAAGGUAGAUAGGAGGGGGAAAAAACAACCACCACCCCUUAUGAAGAAGUAAAAAAAAGAGAGAGGAAGAUUAAUUCAGUCACUCAGUUUAAAAAACAAUAAAGAAAAAAAUUAGGCGCACAUGAACAACCCUUCACCUGUCAGACGAAGGAGGAGCUGAGUAGAUUACGGAGAGAACGGACAAAAAACACAUCCAAAUUAUCUUACUGACAUGUCAACAACAGCAACAAUGGGGGAAAUGGCAAACAGUGCUGUGGAGUUUUAUCCCAAAGGGACUCGAGGCAGGGGCGGAGGAGGAGGAAGGGCAGAUGGCAGCCUCACAGGGGGAGACUUUGGGGUCACGGUGAAGGAGCUGAGGGAGCUGAUGGAGCUGAGAGGAGCUGACGCCCUACAGAAGAUUCAGGAUGGCUAUGGAGACACAGAGGGCCUCUGCCAGAGACUACAGUCCAGCACCACUGAUGGUCUCAGCGGCGACCCAGCAGACUUGGAACGUCGAUGUCAAACUUUUGGCCGGAACUUCAUUCCCCCGAAGAAGCCCAAGACAUUCCUGGAACUAGUGUGGGAGGCUCUACAAGAUGUCACCCUCAUCAUCUUGGAGGCUGCCGCCAUCAUUUCACUCGGCCUCUCCUUCUACCAGCCGCCUGGGCAGGAAAGUGAAUUGUGCGGGGAAGUGAGUGGCGGAGCGGAGGAUGAAGGGGAGGCUGACGCAGGCUGGAUCGAGGGGGCGGCCAUCUUGCUUUCUGUUGUGUGUGUUGUCCUGGUGACGGCGUUUAACGACUGGUCCAAAGAAAAACAGUUCCGGGGUCUGCAGAGUCGGAUCGAGCAGGAGCAGAGGUUUGCGGUGGUUCGGAAAGGAAACGUCAUCCAAAUUCCUGUGGCUGACAUGGUGGUGGGGGACAUGGCUCAGGUCAAAUACGGUGACCUGCUUCCAGCUGAUGGUAUCUUGGUCCAAGGCAAUGACCUGAAGAUAGACGAGAGCUCCUUGACAGGAGAGUCUGACCACGUACGCAAAUCUGUGGACAAGGACCCCAUGCUGCUCUCAGGAACCCAUGUGAUGGAGGGCUCAGGUAGGAUGCUGGUGACAGCCGUAGGUGUCAACUCCCAGACGGGCAUCAUCUUCACCCUCCUUGGUGCUGGAGACAUGGAGGAGGAUGGAAAAGAAAAGAAAGAGGACAGUACUCAGUUGCUCAUCUCUGCAGAUGCCACUAACAGCACAGUCACCAAUGGAAAACAAGCUGAUGGCGCCGUGGAGAACAAUCAGAAUAAAGCCAAGAAGCAGGAUGGGGGUGUUGCUAUGGAGAUGCAGCCCUUAAAAAGUGCAGAGGGAGGAGAAGUGGAGGACAGAGAGAAGAAGAAGACCAGUGUCCCAAAGAAAGAGAAGAGCGUUUUGCAGGGAAAGCUCACCAAACUGGCUGUGCAAAUCGGCAAAGCAGGUUUGGUGAUGUCAGCCAUCACUGUCAUCAUUCUGGUGCUGUACUUUGUCAUAAACACAUUUGUCGUGAAAGGUCGUACAUGGCUACCAGAAUGCACUCCGAUAUACGUCCAGUAUUUUGUCAAGUUUUUCAUAAUCGGAGUCACUGUGCUGGUGGUGGCUGUCCCAGAAGGCCUACCUCUUGCUGUCACGAUUUCUCUGGCCUAUUCUGUGAAGAAAAUGAUGAAGGACAACAACCUUGUACGGCAUCUGGAUGCAUGCGAGACCAUGGGGAAUGCCACGGCCAUCUGCUCCGACAAGACCGGCACGCUCACCACCAACCGGAUGACUGUAGUGCAGACUUUCAUAGGUGAUGUGCACCAUCGUGUGAUCCCAGACCCUGGCCUGGUCAAUGCUCGGACACUGGAUCUGCUAGUCAAUGCAAUCGCCAUCAACAGCGCCUACACCUCCAAGAUCUUACCACCGGAUGUGGAGGGGGGUCUAGCCAAGCAGGUGGGCAACAAAACAGAGUGCGGCCUGCUGGGACUGAUCUUAGACCUUCAGCGGGACUACACCACUGUAAGAGAGCAGAUCCCUGAGGAGAAACUCUAUAAGGUGUACACAUUCAACUCAGUGCGCAAAUCUAUGAGUACGGUGAUCAAGCUGCCUGAUGGUACCUUCCGCCUUUACAGCAAAGGAGCCUCUGAAAUCCUAUUGAAAAAGUGUUCCUACAUCCUGGAUGCCAAUGGAGAACCUCGCAGUUUUCGUCCACGUGACAGAGAUGAGAUGGUCAAACAGGUGAUUGAACCAAUGGCCUGUGAGGGAUUGAGGACCAUCUGCAUCGCCUACCGUGAUCUGCCAUCAAAUCCGGAGCCAGAAUGGGACAAUGAGGCGGAAAUUGUGACAGAGCUGACCUGCAUCACUGUGGUUGGAAUAGAGGACCCUGUUCGGCCCGAGGUGCCUGAAGCCAUCCGGAAGUGUCAGCGCGCGGGUAUCACAGUGCGGAUGGUCACUGGUGACAACAUUAAUACAGCAAGGGCCAUUGCUGCCAAGUGCGGCAUCAUACACCCUGGAGAUGAGUUCAUCUGUCUGGAGGGAAAAGAGUUUAACCGGCGAAUCAGGAACGAGAAGGGGGAGAUUGAACAGGAACGUAUAGAUAAAAUCUGGCCCAAGCUGCGCGUACUGGCUCGGUCCUCGCCGACAGACAAGCACACACUGGUUAAAGGCAUCAUUGACAGCACCGUUGUGGAACAGAGGCAGGUUGUCGCGGUAACAGGAGACGGGACUAAUGACGGACCAGCUUUGAAGAAGGCUGAUGUGGGCUUUGCCAUGGGUAUCGCCGGGACAGACGUGGCUAAAGAGGCGUCCGACAUCAUCUUGACUGAUGACAACUUCAGCAGCAUUGUCAAGGCCGUGAUGUGGGGACGAAAUGUCUACGAUAGCAUCUCCAAGUUCCUGCAGUUCCAGCUCACGGUCAACGUAGUAGCGGUCAUCGUGGCCUUCACUGGGGCAUGCAUCACUCAGGAUUCUCCUCUGAAGGCGGUGCAGAUGCUUUGGGUGAAUUUGAUCAUGGACACGUUUGCCUCGCUCGCUCUGGCCACCGAGCCCCCGACUGAAGCCCUGUUGCUACGAAAACCCUACGGCCGAAACAACCCGCUCAUCUCUCUCACCAUGAUGAAGAACAUCCUCGGCCACGGAGUGUACCAGCUGGUCAUCAUCUUUACGCUGCUGUUUAUAGGCGAGCGCAUGUUUAACAUCGACAGCGGUCGCAACGCGCCGCUCCACUCCCCGCCCUCUGAGCACUACACAAUCAUCUUCAACACCUUCGUCCUCAUGCAGCUUUUCAACGAGAUCAACGCUCGCAAGAUCCACGGAGAGAGAAAUGUCUUUGACGGCAUAUUUGGCAAUCCCAUCUUCUGCUCCAUUGUUUUGGGGACCUUUGCAGUGCAGAUUGUGAUCGUGCAGUGGGGAGGGAAGCCCUUCAGCUGCGCCCCUCUCAAUGUGGAGCAGUGGCUCUGGUGUCUGUUUGUGGGUGUUGGAGAGCUGCUGUGGGGGCAGGUGAUUGCCACCGUGCCAACAGAGCGGCUGCCAUGUCUGAAAGAAGCUGGGCUGGGCCUGGAGCCUGGGGAGGAGGAAGGAGAGGAGCUGGCGGAGGAUGAGGAGGAGAUUGACUGCGCUGAGCGAGAGCUGCGUCGCGGACAGAUCCUGUGGUUCAGAGGCCUCAACCGUAUCCAGACUCAGAUGGAGGUAGUGAGCACAUUCAAGCGAAGCGGUUCGUUUCAGGGAGCAGUGAGACGGCGCUCCUCCGUGCUCAGUCAGCUCCACGACAUGCGAGUGGUGAAAGCAUUCCGUAGCUCGCUGUACGAGGGCCGGGAGAAACCAGAAUCCCGCAACUCCAUCCACAACUUCAUGGCCCACCCAGAGUUCCUCAUCAACGACCUCAUCCACAACAUCCCGCUGAUUGACGACACUGACGUGGACGACGAAUCAGAGCUCAGCAGAUACCAGCACCUGCACCCGGCCCUCCGCAAGCCGCCGCCCCCCCCGGCCCAACCCCCGGCCCGCACCAGGCCGACCCGGCCCUAUCGCCAGUACAGCCUUCCAGUGACCCCGUGUAACCGCAACAACAACAACAACAGCAGCAGCAGCAGCAGCAGCAGCUCCUCCACGGUCAGCAACAAGAACAACAUCAAUGUUUCCCCUGACAACCAGAGUCACCAUCACAAACACCACCACAGCCAUCACGGCAGGCCCAGGCCCGUGAAGGCCCCCGCCCCCCACCCAGCACAUCUCUUCUGCGUGGAGACGUCCUUAUAACUGGGAGAAAGGGAAACCCGAACCCCACUAAGAUGAGGGGAGGGACGAAAGGGUCGAGCGUGAGAGAGGACUGAGAACACACUGACAUUUUCAUCCAGUCUCCCUCAAAACAAGCUCACAGAAAAGAGGACGGGUGGAGGGGCGGGGGGCGGAGAACGGCUGGAGACUUCUGCUCGCAGCUCUGAGAACAACGUUUCCUCCUUUUCCUCUCUCCGGCUCUCAGUUUGAUUUUCCACCAUGUCGUCCUGGGCAACGGUUCGGGUGGGGAGGGAAGGUGGUUGUGUUGCCGGGGCAAUGGGGUUGGGAGGGCAGGUGGGACACCCACAAAAAAACCAUAACAGCUUCUAUACAACCGGUCAUGUGACUUUGGGGGCUGACUCACUCUGAUUCUAACAGUGUUCAUUCUUAGUGUCGUUGCCACCUACUUACCCACCACCCACCCAACACCCCACCCAACACCCCACCCAACACCCCACCCAACACCCACCCACACCUCUCUGGAUACAGCCACUCUAAGGUCACUGCUCUGCUUGCGAUAUAUGUGAAGCGCUUUGUUGAAGCUUUACCUAGACCUCAGUCUCCUCCAUCUCACCUGCAUUUAUUUCCCCCAUGCUGGUGUUCAUUUGUUUCCUUACUUAACAGAUUUUGUUCGCCCCUCUGUUUUUCAGUCUGUGUACGUGUGUCGUCUUUUCUCUACUUGUGAAAAAAAAACCUGACAAGAACAAAUAAUUGCGAAGAAAAAAAGCUAUUUAUUUAAAUCUAUGAGUCAACUGACUGGAUGCAGAACUAGGUGGGGGUAUCACAUAUGCAUACAGAGUGAACAUGUAAUUUCAAUGUUUGGGAAGCAGGUCAGGGUCGCUCCGCAGCCCCCCCAACACUGAACUGUUCAUGUUCGUCACAUGACCUGCUCUCCAUCGUGAUCGGGAUUUCUCCAUGACUCAUAAAUCCUGCGGGAUCUCCUCCCAUGUCCGCAUAUUUCUGUUUUGUCCCAUGAUCUUCUCUCUUGCUGUUCCUCCUUUGCUCAUUUCGUGUCGUCCCUCUCGCUACUUUUGCAAUGGAAAUAUGUAAGAGAGCUUUUUUCCUUUUUGAGGAAAAAGCUGAUCGCUAGUGAAGCAUUAACCCUUUAAAACGCCAUAAAACACGCACGAUGCACAGGCGACGUCCCUUUAAGACUCACUUGUACCUACUUCGCUCCUGCUCUGACACGUUGUUUGAUUUGAUCUGCCGGAUCUUUGAUCCAGUGGUUUUCCCCAGGAGGGAAGUCAAAGUUGUCCCUCAGCUUUCGGGCCCAAAUCCAAAGUCAGUAACCAGUUUUACCUUCAGGCUCAAAGUUGCAUUGGUUCAAUCAGAUCCAACCAGUGAGAGCUUGUGUGUCAAAAUGUGAAGUUCUUGAAAAGAAAUGUCAUAUUUAGGCGCUGUCCACACAGAGACGAUUUUAGUUGAAUCUCCAUCAGUUUUGCGGCUCUGCAACCUGUUGUGUGGACGAGGGGCACAGGUACAUUCUCUCUUUAAAGACUGAAAUAACUUACCUGCUGUCUGUCAACCACUCUGAAAAGCUUUUGUCAUGCCUUUCUUUCAUUUUUGUUUUUGCUGCAGAGUUUUCUGUCCUGCCUCUCUGUCUUUAGCUCCCUGUCAUCAGGCAACAGUGCAAUUCAAACGGGGAUGAAUUUGCACCCCAGUGCUUUCUCCUCUAGGAAAAACAUUUCUGCCUUUAUAUUGGCGCCCCUUCUGACGUAGCACCCCUAUACCUCUAUAGUGCACACCCACUUUUUGCACCAAUGGUGUGGACACAUUUUAUGCAGCGCUCGUCUCUGAGUGUUCAGGGUCCUUCUGCUAUAAAUACAGACAUUAUGGAGGAUACCUAUAAGCCCAACACACUCUUCACACACUUCACUCUCUAAGCUGAUGCAACAUCUGAAAAGUGUUGCCAGGUUAGCUUUGUCUCUCUUAAGUGAAAAGACUUCCAACUCUUUGCUUUGAUCCAACGUUUUGCAUAAAAGCAAAAAAUAUUUUCCCAAAUAUUCCCUUUGUGACACAUCUCUGUCAAAGCUGUCCAGCGUAAAAGGGCUCAACGUGCUGGACAGCCAAUCAUCAGACAGACACCUGCGCAAGGUACCGGUGCAGAGCCUGUGGCACCGUCACCGAUUAACAUUCCCAUCAAACAUUCCAAACAGCAUUCCACGCCAGAUGUUGAGGUCACCCCGCUUCAUCUCCCCCUCGCCCCCCACUCACACCAUGUGCCUCUGCACAUGGUGUGAGUACAAAGCUUAGUUCAUGUUGCCUCGGAGCGGGACUUGGCUAAACAAUGCAAGCAUUCCCUAAUGUUCCUCCCUUUGCUUCCCUCUUCCGUUGAUCCCCCCCCCCCCCCCUGAACUGACCCCCUCCACCAGAGCAAGGCAGACAAUAUGCAACAGACUGCCAUGUCAGCACACUCAGACACAGCGAGUCACACGUCUGUCCUGCCUGUUGUGUUUCCAGGAUGUUCGCAGAGCUCUCUGGGAAACACCCUUACCUGUAAAGAACUCUUUGUCUUCUUGAAUGCUCAUCCUCAUCAUCAUCGCCCAACCCGCCGGAGCAGCGGGCGGGCGACUCUGUAUUGGUCAGUCUGUUUUGAAGCAUGCAUUUGGUAUCAUUAAUGUCACUCUAUGUGUUGGUAAAUCAUUUAGGCUACUUGUCACUUCUGUGUGCUAUUAUCGCUCCACAUCUGCUUUCUUCCUCUUUACCUCUCACACAAAACACACACACGCACACACACACCCAGACACGCAUCCUUACAUCCCAUUUGGAGUUUAAUCUGUUCCAGCACCUCUGAGCACAGCGACAUCAGUGCUUUUUGUAGGAAACGUGCAGCGCGCCGAUUAAACGGGGGAGAAUGUGCAGAGCGGGUGCGUGUGUGUAAUUUGACUGUGCAGCUCCGGGCUUCUCCGUUCGGCCGUCGGAUCCACGCAUCCAUCCAGCCACGUUACAUGAUGUGGUGAGACAGUUUCACAGAAGGUGAAAACCACAAUGUGAAGAAGGAAAAAAGGAGUAUAUUUAUUGAAAUCAUGAAGUGUUCGACUGCACCACAACUGUACAGAUCGUCCAAAUCUGCACAUGUGCAUCUUUGAUUUUACAGGUACCAUGUUCCUGUUACACUUUUAUUUUUUAAGUUAAGUUUCUUUCUUUAAAAUCCUAUUGCUUUUCGUAAAGAGAGGAACAACAACAUGGAAGCGCUUGUAUUAUAUUAUUAUUAAUUAUUAUUAUUAAUUUUUUUCCACCGGUGCUCCCACUGAUGGAAAAAGACAGUUGCACAUUCUCCUGAGCAUAUUCUGAGGGCUGUGUUUUCUGUCCACUGAACAGCUCCCUGAGGUGUGCAGAGGAACUUCAGGUCUUUUAAGACACCGACUCUGUAAAUAAGAGAACAGGAGACAGAAAUGUACCUCAUUACGACCUGAGGGAUCUGACAAAACCUUUCUGGGGGGGUUAGAGGGGGGGAUGUCCGUGCAGAGGAACAUGAGGCGCCAUGCAGAGCUAGAGUCUGCAGAAGUGCAACUGCGUCCUCGCAUUGUUUAGGCUGCUCUCUUAGAUCUGCCACCAGUGUUUACUACCAUGGUACGCGCGGGUCAGAGUUAAGGUUUUACAUUAUUCAUUAUACAUAUUGCUGUAAAUAUUCUGUCGAGAACGCCCUCCCUCCCCCACUUCUUGCACAGCAGCAGUGCCGUUCGGCAGACAGAAAACACAGCCUUAACUGUGCUGAAAUGACAUUUAAAGAGCAAAAAGUUGUAAAAAAAAACAAAAAAAAAAAAAAAAAAACCAAGAGCAAAAGCAAAACAAAAAAAAUCUAAAGACUAUUGAAUAUAUUAAAGAGUUACCUGCCUGUUAUUUAAGCAAAUAAAUAUCUAUAUAUGAGAAAGAACACACCUGUAUACUGUAGACUAAAUCUGUAUUGAAAUCUAAGAGAAUUUACUGGGAAAUAAGUCCAACACCUUUUGUCUGUAUGAAAGAAAAAAAAUCCAUCAAAGUAUUCUACAAUAAUAACUUUGACAAACUC